GUUACGUUGUCGUUUUCUCAAACAAUAAUAAAAUAAAUAAGAAACUUUGUGGUAAUGUGGUAAAUAAAGCAAAAGGUGAAGGGCAUCCGUUGAAUUAAAAAUAAUGUAAAUCGAGAUAAAUCUGCCUAUCAUCGUCCUCUGCUGCAUCUUCCGGUCACCAGCGGCGGAGGAGGUAAAGGUUUCCAUCAUGGAGAGUCUUAACAGCUUUUGGCAGUUAGGCGAUGAGCUUCGAGGACAGUCAAGAGUCUCAGAGGAUCAAAAAUGGUCUGUGGCUGCUUCAAAAUUGGCUGAGCAGACCAGGUCAAAGCCCGAGCGCAAAAUCAAUGUAGAUCUCUCAAAGGGUUCUGCUGAAUUUAGGCCCAAGGAUAAUUUUGUAUUUCAAGAAGACAACAGAUUUGAAAAUUUUAACUUCGGCAUGUUAAACUUGGGGCCAAGGUUCAACGAAAAUGUGACCAAAAGUUCGUUCGCGAAUGGUCUUUAUAAUAUGAACUCUGCUUAUCAGAACCCAAAUGUUAGUACCCCAGGAAAUAUUCCCGGAAGCAAAUAUAACAAUAUCAACAUCAUGAAGGAGAUUAAUGUUGUCAAUACCAAAACUAACAAGGACGAGAUCUCAAAUGCAAAUAAUGCCAUUGAUAAAAGGUUUAAGACCUUACCAGCGGCCGAGACACUCCCAAGGAAUGAAGUUCUCGGUGGAUAUAUCUUUGUGUGCAACAAUGAUACAAUGCAAGAAGAUUUGAAGAGACAACUGUUUGGUUUGCCCCCAAGAUAUAGAGAUUCAGUGAGGGCAAUAACACCUGGUUUGCCUCUGUUUUUGUACAACUAUACCACUCACCAGUUGCAUGGCAUCUUUGAGGCAACAACAUUUGGAGGCUCCAACAUUGAUCCUACUGCUUGGGAAGACAAAAAGUGCAAAGGUGAAUCGAGGUUCCCUGCCCAGGUAAGAAUUCGUGUUAGGAAACUCUGCAAGGCUCUGGAAGAGGAUGCAUUUAGGCCUGUCUUGCAUCACUAUGAUGGCCCUAAAUUCCGCCUUGAACUCUCAAUUCCCGAGACUUUAGACUUGCUUGAUCUUUGCGAACAAGCUGGUUUGCUGGAUUCCGUUGCUGACAUUAAUCUCAGCCCAGCUUAAACUUUAAAAAUUGUAAGUGGAGUGUGUGCAUCUGGAGAAGUCGAUUGUAUUGCUUUUCAGAGAUUUUCCGAGUAGCGCAAGCUUUGUUGGGCGGAAAAAUCUGGUUGUGUGCCAUAAGUUGUUGUUGGGAUUGGCUUUUUGUCCAGUGGCCUAAUAAAUGAUGAUGUAAUGGUAUUAUGUGAAGAUGCAAACAGAUUUCACUUUUAAAAUACCCCUUGUGAGUUUUUUAUUCAUCUCUAUGGACAACUUCGCAUGUAUAAUGGAGGCUUGAGCGAUGAGAGCCUUUUAUCUGGUAAUCACAGAAUGUUCUUCUAUGUUGGUACAAAAUGGUUUCAGUCUCUCUCUCUCUCUCUCUC